GGCGGGGCCUGGCGUGUAUUCGAAACGACGGCGCCGGCUGAGAGAAGAUGGCGUUUCAGCCGCGGCGGCAUCGCUCCCCUUGUGCAACGCCGCCCCAGGGUGACUUUUGUGAUGGCACUGAGAGGGCGGUUGACGAAGCAUCUUUUACGACCUCCAUGGAGUGGGAUACACAGGUGGUGAAGGGGUCCUCGCCGCUCGGCCCCGCAGGGCUGGGGGCUGAGGAGCCGGCCGCCGUCUCGCAGCUGCCGUCUUGGCUGCAGCCUGAGAGGUGCGCUGUUUUCCAGUGCGCACAAUGCCACGCCGUGCUCGCCGACUCGGUGCACCUCGCCUGGGACCUGUCGCGGUCCCUUGGGGCCGUGGUCUUCUCCAGAGUUACAAAUAACGUCGUUUUGGAAGCGCCCUUCCUAGUUGGCAUUGAAGGUUCACUCAAAGGCAGUACUUACAACCUUUUAUUCUGUGGUUCCUGUGGGAUUCCCAUUGGUUUCCAUCUGUAUUCUACCCAUGCUGCCCUGGCUGCCUUGAGAGGUCACUUCUGCCUUUCCAGUGACAAAAUGGUGUGCUAUCUCUUAAAAACAAAAGCCAUAGUAAAUGCAUCAGAGAUGGAUAUUCACAAUGUAUCUCUAUCAGAAAAGAUUGCAGAGCUGAAAGAGAAGAUAGUGCUAACGCACACUCGCUUAAAAUCACUAAUGAAGAUUCUGAGUGAAGUGACUCCUGACCAGUCCAAGCCAGAAAACUGAUCUUGUACCAAAGCUUGAGUGUCAGGUUCAGGCUUUAUUGCUGUCUUCAACAACAGGUGCUGUUUAGUCAUUUCUCAGAAAGACUGGCUUUGGGAAAUGCAGUUUCUAUCUACCAUUAGGCUGAUUGUCCAAAUGAUUUGUGAAGCUGUUUUUAGAAGAUGAGAAACUAAGGAUUCUUCUGUUUUAUAGCUAUUUGCCUUAAGAACUUAGAUUCUGAUUGAAUUCAUAAUACUUAUUUCUGAAGAUGUCUUUGACUGUAAAUUUAGGAAUUAAGAUGCAAAGUCCCAUGUGUCCUCUGAUCUAAAGUUGCAUGGUUGGUCUGAAAAUAGAGUUGGGCUUAAUGUUGAGUUCUAGUACUCCUGAAUGGCGCAGUUGUUAUGAAUAUUAAUAAAUCAUUUUUUAACUUAUGUAAAAUACAGAUCAUAAUAUUCUAUAGGUAAUGUUUAAUAAAC